GUUCCUGCAUUGGCUUAAGUUUAAUUUGGCCUAGUUUGCCCAGGCUGGCUAUAAGACUUGCCGCGAUGUCACCACCGACGAAAACAGCCGCCGUUUUGGAGGCCCUGCUUGCAUUAUUGGUGGCCCUCCAAGGAGGGCAGGCCAGGGACAUGGAGGGCGCCAUCGGCACGACUCUUAACGCCACCCUGGCGUGCCUCAACAUCCCUGGCUUAACGCUGGCGGUUGUCAAAGACGGGGAGGUGGUCAUUUCCAAGGGUUACGGGGUCAAAGACGUGGUCAGCAAAGAGCCAGUGACCAAUACUACACUCUUCAACAUCGCGUCCUUGACCAAGGCGUUCGCGGCGACGGUUUUGGCUAAUGUCAUGAGAAAGAAAAGUUAUGACAUAGACUCCCCUCUGACGACUUUCAGCGAACUCAAAGAUCUGAAAUUUGUGAAUGACCUUUUGACCUCUUACGUGACCGCGAGGGAUCUUCUCAGCCACCGCACGGGACUCGCGACAUACAACAACAUCAGACUGCAAGAUGAAUUGUCAUUGGAGAUUAUCGGCAGCAAGCUGCAAUAUUUCAAUACAACGUACCCAUUCAGAACCCGCUAUCUCUACAACAACAACAUGUACGGACUGGCCGGUCACGUGACCGAACGCUUGACCGGCAAGAAGUGGGAGGACGCUGUCCGGAGCGAGAUUCUCACCCCCUUGGGGAUGUCCAGUACCUCCUUUGUGACCACUGCAGACUUUGGGUCAUUAAAUGUGGCCACACCGUAUUUUUAUGACGAUGCCAGUCCAGGGGGGCUUAGAAAAGGGUCGUUUGAUCUUAUAAGAACCUGGUUCCGCAACUCACCAUCCGGAGCCAUUCUCACCAACGCCGCAGACAUGUCCAGGUGGCUGAAGUUCCACCUGUCCAAGGGAAAGGGACCUGACGGGUCCCAGGUGGUGCCGAAGUCGGUCCUAGAAGACACUUACCGUCCCCAGAUUCCAGCCAUAUCGGGCCAGGAUGCGUACCUCAAACGGCCCACCACUCCUGUGACCUUUGAUUACGCCGAGUACGCAUGCGGAUGGCGUACAGGGUUUUACAGAGGGUAUCCCAUCAUCACUCAUACUGGUACGUCCUGGGGCUUCUCCUCCAUGCUGGUUCUUCUUCCCGCCAAGGACAUCGGCGUCUAUUUCACCUUCAACACCCGGGAAAGCGGCCGCCUCACGCGACGGGCACUCAUGUCUUUCAUCCUGGACGCGGUGAUGGAGGAAACGCCGUGGCUAAACGCGUCAAGCAUCUGCUCCUUUCCAUCCCCGUUCCGGCCGCGACCGACCAAGGCGCCAACCACUAAGGUGCCAGGCACGGCUACGCGCCCUUUGGAAAGUUACACUGGGGUGUACGAGCACCCACUUUUUGGGAAAAUAACGAUAGCUCACAACGAUACAGAUACGUUUCUUACAAUGGCGUACGGCGCUGUUACAAGAUGGCGGUUGUAUCCAGACGCUUCGACCGACGUGUUUUAUGGUAGAGGCGACGGGGACGCUUGGUCGUUUCCGAUCUCUGGUAUGACAUUUAAGAGCAUUUACAAUAAAGCUGGGGAUAUCAAUAGCGUCACUGUACCUACGUUUGAGGCUAGAGAUCCUCCGACUUUUGUUAAAGAGGGAGCAAGGCCGACACCAACCUCUUCGUUUGGAGGUGAAGGACUUCCACGCACCCAAGCAGCAGUUUUUCUUGUCAUGGUGUUUGACUUACUCACUUUUGCCUUUUUCUGCCCAGGCUAUAUAGCUUUAAAACUUGCCGCGAUGUCCCCACCGACGAAAACAGCCGUCGUCUUGGAGGCCAUGCUUGUAUUACUGGUGGCCCUCCAAGGAGGGCAGGCCAGGGGCAUGGAGGGCGCCAUCGACACGACUCUUAACGCCACCCUGGCGUGCCUCAACAUCCCCGGCUUAACGCUGGCGGUUGUCAAAGACGGGGAGGUGGUCAUUUCCAAGGGUUACGGGGUCAAAGACGUGGUCAGCAAAGAGCCAGUGACCAAUACUACACUCUUCAACAUCGCGUCCUUGACCAAGGCGUUCGCGGCGACGGUUUUGGCUAAUGUCAUAAAAAAGAAAAGUUAUGACAUAGACUCCCCUCUGACGACUUUCGGCGAACUCAAAGAUCUGAAAUUUGUGAAUGACCUUUUGACCUCUUACGUGACCGCGAGGGAUCUUCUCAGCCACCGCACGGGACUCGCCACUUACAACAGCAUCAGACUGCAAGAUGAAUUGUCAUUGGAGAUUAUUGGCAGCAAGCUCCAAUACUUCAAUACAACAUACCCAUUCAGAACCCGCUACCUCUACAAUAACAACAUGUACGGACUGGCCGGUCACGUGACCGAACGCUUGACCGGAAAAAAGUGGGAGGACGCUGUCCGGAGUGAGAUUCUCACCCCCUUGGGGAUGUCCAGUACCUCCUUUGUGACCACUGCAGACUUUGGGUCAUUAAAUGUGGCCACACCGUAUUUCUAUGACGAUGCCAGUCCAGGAGGGCUUAGAAAAGGGUCGUUUGAUCUGAUAAGAACCUGGUUCCGCAACUCACCAUCCGGAGCCAUUCUCACCAACGCUGCGGACAUGUCCAAGUGGCUUAAGUUCCACCUGUCCAAGGGAAGGGGUCCUGACGGGUCCCAGGUGGUACCGAAGUCGGUCCUAGAAGACACUUACCGUCCCCAGAUUCCAGCCAUAUCUGGCCAGGAUGCGUACCUCAAACGGCCCACCACUCCUGUGACCUUUGAUUACGCCGAGUACGCAUGUGGAUGGCGUACAGGGUUUUACAGAGGGUAUCCCAUCAUCACUCAUACUGGGACGUCCUGGGGCUUCUCCUCCAUGCUAGUUCUUCUUCCCGCCAAGGACAUCGGCGUCUAUUUCACCUUCAACACCCGGGAAAGCGGCAGCCUCACGCGACGGGCACUCAUGUCUUUCAUCCUCGACGCGGCGAUGGAGGAAACGCCGUGGCUUAACGCGUCAACCAUCUGCUCCUUUCCAUCCCCGUUCCGGCCGCGACCGACCCAGGCGCCAACCACUAAGACGCCAGGCACGGCUGCCCGCCCUUUGGAAAAAUACACUGGAGUGUACGAGCACCCCCUUUUUGGGAAAAUAACGAUAUCUCACAACGAUACAGGUACGUUUCUUACAAUGGCGUACGGCGCUGUUACAAGAUGGCGGUUGUAUCCAGACGCUUCCGCCGACGUGUUUUACGGUAGAGGUGACGGGGACGCUUGGUCGUUUCCGAUCUCUGGUAUGACAUUUAAGAGCAUUUACAAUAAAGCUGGGGAUAUCGAUAGCGUCACAGUACCUACGUUUGAGGCUAGAGAUCCUCCGACUUUUGUUAAAGAGGGAGCAAGGCCGACAUCAACCUCUUCGUCCGGGGGUGAAGGACUUCCACGCACCCAAGCAGCAGUUUUCCUUGUCAUAGUGUUAGAUUUACUCACUUUUGCCUUUUAAAGGGGCCAUAUAAAAAGUUUAUAUGAAGUCUGAAAGUUGAAUUUCUUUAUCUUUUAAUGCCGGCGUGUGGUAGGCCUAUCAAGCCCACUAAAUACUGCGCAUUUUUUGAGUGAAAUUGUUAAAUUUUAUUUUUAGAUUUAUACUAGAUGAAACAGAAGCUGUUUCCUUGAUUAGCCAGAUAAACCUCAAACACAUAAAAAAGAUAAACACACUGGUUUUUAUUAGUGUUGUCAAUACAAUACAAUUUAUUUGUUAAAAUGUGCAUAUAGAAUUAAAUGUGGUCUGAGGUCUGCACUCAA